AUGUCUAUGAUCAAGUCCCCCAUCAUUUAUUUGUCGUUAUUUAUGGCAGUGACGGUGAUAAUGACGGCGGCAGAGCUUAAACGUUUUGAACAUAAGGUGAACUCCGACGGAUCGUUCAGCUUUUUGGUCGUGGGUGACUGGGGUAGAAGAGGACUCUACAAUCAAUCCAAUGUUGCUUACCAGAUGGGAAACGUGGGGGAGAAAAAUCAUGUUGAUUUUAUUAUCUCGACCGGUGACAACUUUUACGACAAUGGAUUAGUCGACGAAGAUGAUCCAGCAUUUUACGACUCUUUUACAAAUAUUUAUACUGCUCCUAGCUUACAAAAACAAUGGUAUUCCGUGCUAGGGAAUCAUGACUACAGGGGUAAUGUCUUGGCACAAUUGAGCCCGGCCCUCACCCAAAGGGAUAACAGAUGGCUAUGCCUUAGAUCUUUUAUUCUAAGUGCUGGAAAUGUGGAAUUCUUUUUUGUGGAUACAACACCAUUUCAGGAUAAGUAUUUCAAUGAGACAGAACAAAAAUAUGAUUGGAGAGGGGUGCUUCCCAGAGAAGAGUAUCUUUCACAACUAUUGAAGAAUGUGGAAGUAGCUUUAAAAGAAUCAACUGCCAGAUGGAAAAUCGUAGUGGGACAUCAUACAUUAUUCAGUGCUGGCGUUCAUGGCAGUACUCUAGAGCUUCUUGACAAACUUCUGCCCAUUCUUCAGGAAAAUGAUGUGAAUUUAUACAUCAAUGGGCAUGACCAUUGUUUGCAGCAUAUUAGUAGUUCAAACAGUCAGCUUCAGUUUCUAACAAGUGGAGGUGGAUCAAAGGCAUGGCGGGGUGACUUCAAUCUAGAGAACCUUAACGAAAUGAAGUUCUUCUACGACGGCCAAGGUUUCAUGGCCGUGGAAGUUAGAGAAAAUGACUUGAAUGUGGCCUUUUAUGAUAUCUUUGGGAACAUAUUACACAAGUGGAGUGCCUCAGAAAGCCCACAUAGUUUCUUGUAA